GAGUGGGAGGAAGGCAACUUGGAAACACCGCGUAGGGAAGCCAAACAAACUCCCUCUCCGUGAAGACUCCAGCGACUCGGUGGUCGGCGCCUGUGGAGUACGGCAGGAGGAAACCGCACUGUAAUGAAACACCACGGCCUGAAUUUACAUCCACUCUCCGUUGCUAGAAGUUUUUAGGUUCGCUUAACAAACUUUCGGCGCGUCUUCUGUCGAGUUCGUUCCGAGUGUUGACCGUCUGUCCGGCCUGGGAAGCGAGCGGCCCGUCCCCACAUGCCUUGUUCCCUCUAGUGACCCUCAACGACCAGUCACGCUUUGCGGCUCUGGAGAGAAGCACCGUGGAGCCGCCGAGCUCCGGGACCAGGACAUGGAUCUAACAACGGAGGCCGAGAAUCGACGCGCACAGGGCGGGAGAAGACUUCGAAUGGACCCGCUGUACGCCGUCGGUGUCAUCUGCUUACUAGUUUUGUCCAUCCAGGCUGCUGCCAUCCAGUUCACUAGGGAGCCCAAGUCUCAGGAUGCUCUGCAUGGCCGUAGCGCCAUGCUCCGCUGCGAGGUCAGCGAGCCGACUGACAUCACCUACCGUUGGCUCCACAAUGGCCAGCCGUUGGAAAACAGCGACAGGCGCUACCAGGAGGGCAGCAAUCUCAAGUUUAACGCUGUGGACCGCCAACUGGACGCAGGAAACUUCAAGUGUGUGGCACAAAACACGGCAAUGGGAGAGGUGCUCCACUCCACCAAUGCCUCCUUCAAUAUCAAAUGGUUAGAAAGCGGUGGCGUGACAUUAAAGGAGCCCACCUCAGAAGGGGAAAUUGAGAGUUCAGCCCCUGUCACGCUUCGCUGUCACAUUGACGGACACCCGCGGCCGACUUGCCAAUGGUUCAAAGACGGGGUGAAGCUGACUGAGAAAAGCCAUCAGAUCAACAACAAGGAGCGUACGCUUACAAUCAAGAGCGCCACUCCAGAUGACAACGGUCUGUUCUACUGCUGUGCCAAGAACGCAGCCGGCCAUGUCUGCAGCAACAGUAACUUCUCUCUCAACAUAAUUGAUAAGAGCUUUCCUCGACCAGUUGUCACUCCUGAGGACCAGGUGGUUCUGAGGAAUGAAGAAGCUGUGUUUCACUGCCAGUUCACAGCUGUCCCGCCUCCUGCUUUGGAAUGGUACCAUGAAAGUGAGCUGCUGGUUAACAAAACUCGUGUAUUCCUGCUAUCCAAUGGGUCACUGCUCAUCACCCAGGUUAAACCCAGGAACACGGGCUUGUACAAGUGUGUUGGCCGCAGCGACAGCGGUUCAGAAGUGACACACGAGGCUUCCCUCCUCAUAGCAGAGAUCGAUGACAUGAUGGCCAAGAUGUCAAAAGUUUUCACAGCAGACACUUUGCAGCGGGUCCCUUGUAAUGCCCCACGGGGACGACCCCAGCCCGGAGUCUGGUGGGAGAAGGGAGGUCAGCGAGUGCCCACGGAGGGACGAGUGUACCAGGAUGGCUCUGAUCUGGUCUUCAGUCCAACUGAGGCAGGCGAUUCUGGACUCUAUACCUGCGUAGCUCAAAACAAGGCGGGACGCAGGACUCAAGAAGUUACCUUCACUGUAGCAACCCCCCCUUUGUGGGUAACAAUGCCCCAAGACAGUCGUUUGGAAGAAGGUAAACCGGGUUAUCUGCACUGCCACGCCAAAGCCACUCCUGAACCUGAGGUCACGUGGCUGCGCAACAACAUCAUGAUCACACCUGAGGACUCCCGUUUUAAACUAUUUCCAAACGGCACCCUGAGGAUCAACAGCGUGGAGGUGUACGACGGACAGAUGUAUGGUUGUGAGACCAAAACAGUUGGCGGUCGACUGUCUGGCCAGGCCAGAAUCACCGUACUGGAGAAGCUCAAGUUCACACCAACCCCCCAGACUUCACAGUGCCUGGAGCUUGAUAAUGAGAUCACCAUCCAGUGCUCGGCUAAAGGCAGAGAAAGUCCCACUAUCCGCUGGACAAAAGCAGAUGGAGGAGAACUGCCACCCCGUGUGGAGCAGAAAAACGGCCAGCUUCACUUCUCUAAAGUCACUCGCAGUGAUGCUGGCAAUUACACCUGCAUCGCCUCCAACAGCCUCCAGGGGGAGGUCAGAGCCUUGGUGUCACUCACAGUGGCAGUGUACAUUCGCUUUAAGGUGGAGCCUGAGAAUACGACUGUGUACCAGGGCCACACGGCCAUACUGCACUGCCAGGCAACCGGCGAUCCUGAGCCUCAUAUCCACUGGAUGGUUAAAGACAAGACGCUUGACAUCAGUAAGAACAGAAGGAUCCAGAAGAUGCCCAAUGGCUCCCUGGUCAUUUCAGAUGUCACAACAGAUAACACAGGCAGAUAUACAUGUGUGGCAGGAAACAGUUGCAGCAUCAAAGACCGUGUGGCUCAGCUGUAUGUCGUAGACAAACCAGCACAGACGCAUGACGAGUACGAGGACAGAGCGCCUUACAAGAUGAUUCAAACCAUCGGCCUGUCUGUGGGGGCGGCCGUGGCGUACAUCAUCGUGGUGCUGGGCCUCAUGUUCUACUGCAAAAAGAGGCGCAACGCCAAAAGACAGAACAAGCUUCCAGAUGGGGAGGAGCCAGAGAUGGAGUGUCUCAAUGGAGGGACUGUUCAGCAAAAUGGCCACACCACCACUGAGAUCCAGGAGGAGGUGGCCCUCACCAACAUGGGUACCAUGGCAACAGCCGAGAAGCGCCACAGCCACGUUAACAGCGACAAGCUUCACUUCCCCCGAGCGAACCUGCAAACUAUCACUACCUUAGGUAAAGGAGAGUUUGGCGAGGUGCUGCUGUCCAAAGCCAAGGGCAUCGAGGAGAGAGAGGAGGAAACGGUGGUGCUGGUGAAGAGCCUCCAGACCAGAGACGAGCAGCUUCAGCUCGACUUCCGCAGAGAAGCGGAAAUGUUCGGCAAGCUCAGCCACCCCAACGUGGUCCGCCUGCUGGGUCUGUGCAGAGAGGCCGAGCCCCACUACAUGGUCCUCGAAUACUACGACCUGGGAGACUUAAAGCAGUUCCUAAGGAUUUCCAAAGACAAAGAUGACAAGAUUAAAGCUCAGCCUAUCAGCACCAAGACCAAAGUUUCCAUCUGUGCCCAAGUAGCUCACGGGAUGGAGCAUCUGUCCAAUCACCGCUUCGUUCACAAAGACUUGGCCGCCCGAAACUGCCUAGUCAGCAGUCAGAGACGCGUGAAAGUGUCGUCGCUCAGCCUUAACAAAGACGUUUACAAAAGUGAGUACUAUCACUACAGACAAGCUUGGAUUCCCUUGCGCUGGCUCCCAUCGGAGUCUGUGUUUGAAGACGACUUCUCCACCAAGUCUGACGUUUGGGCCUUCGGAGUGCUCAUGUGGGAGGUAUUCAGUCACGGAGAAAUACCAUACAGCAAACUUGGAGACAAUGAAGUGCUAGAAGGCCUGCAGACCGGCAAGCUGAAGCUGCCGCCCCCAGAGGGAUGCCCCUCCAAAAUGUACAAGCUGAUGGUCAGCUGCUGGGCCCCCAGCCUCAAGGAGCGCCCCUCCUUCAGUGACAUCGUCCACAGCCUGGGAGAGCCGCCCUCAGACAGCAAAGUCUGAGGCCAUUAAGAAGGGGAACAUCCUUCCGCUACAAAUAAAGACAGCAAUGUCUCACAUUUCAGGGAAGAAGCGUUUUAAAUAUGCAUUUCAGACAUUUUAGAAAAGGAGGGUGUGGAGGAGUUUGCCAUAUCAGUGGAAGCACACCCACAUUUUUUUCCAUUUACUUGGGAGCAGCGCAGUGAGUUUACGUUUGCCUUAAACGCAACAUGGAUAACCACCCUCUUGUUCAACUUCCUAUCUGUGUGAACACUGAGACUCUUCACAAACUCGGUACCUCUACCUGUGUGCACACAUACACACACGCACACGCAGUUCAAAUCAGAACCAAGCACAAUGUCAAACGAUCCAACUUUCUUGCAGCUAUACUCCAGCUGCAUCCUCAGUGAGCCCCCAUCAUCACUUUAAACCAUAUGGAUGCUCCAAGUGUGUCCGUGUGUGUGUGUGCGCGUGCGUGUGUGGACCAUGUGAGCUCCAGUAUGUGCAGCUCUUUGCAUGAAUGUGUCGAACUGUUACACUUGUGAUGUGCAACAUGAGCAGACUUGUUUAAAAAAUGAGCCUGUUAUGAUGAUGAACAAAAAAAAAUAUUUUAGCAUACACCCAAGAAAUAAGACUUCGAAUGGAGAUUUUGUAUAUUUUGUGUGUUUUGUUCUCGUAUUAACCUUGAGGUGCUCCCAGUGCACCACAGUAACAUGUUAAGUUGUUGUGAUGGUGUCCAAAUAGCAGGAAUCCAUCCCGAGUGUGUUAAAGUUGUGACAAGGUUCUGUGCAGAGGUCCAAUCACAGUUCCCCUCUGGGUCCACUUGUUUCUGUGUGCAAUGCUGCGAAAGGGGACCAGUGUAGAUAAUGUUAGAGGCCUUGCACUAACUUCACCUAAAACAUCACUCUUUGUAUCUGUGCAGGUGCCUGUUUAUUUAUGAAGGUCCUGUGUUGUUGUUGUUGUUGUUUUAUAUUGGUUUAUAGUAGGAAGUUCUAAGGUAGUUCUGCUAUAUGUUCACUGUCAUGCUCCAGCUCAGUGUGUGCAUAGCCUGGCCAAGCAGCUAAAAUGCUAACACAAAGUACAAAAAAGGAGGUCAAAAAGCGGGACUGCUGGUCACUAGUACUAAUUAAGUGCCUGGUAAAUGAAGGAUAAUCUAAAAACUGUUUUCACUUUUGUUACAUGAAUCUCAUGCCUUUGUUCAUGAAACUGUUUUUACAUAUUGUUUAGUGUAAUAUGUUUCUAUGAAAGCUAGGCACUCACCUUUUAUUUUUUUUUUUAUUUUUUUUAUCUGCUUCAGCGAAGGUCCACUGUUAUAUAUGGAUAUAUGCACAAUUAUACAUACUGCUGUCAAUAAAGGGUCACAGUGUUUUUUACCCAA